AUGUUGGUAACAAAAUUAUUUAAAAAGAGAAAACCAACCAAUAACCCUAGUAGUAGUAGUGGUAAUGGUAAUAGUUCUUCACCGACAUUGUCAUCGUCGGCUGUUGCAUCUACUACAACUACACCAUCACCUUCUUCAUCAUCAUUGUCAUCAUCUCCGACUUCAUCUUCAUCAUCAAAAAAGAGUCCAAAGAUCCAGAUACAAAAAUUACAUUUGGAAGACACCAUCAAUUUGAAUCAUUCAUCCGCCGACGACGAUCUUGUUGAACAGCAAGUUGUCAUAUCAUUACAUUCUUCACCAAAGACAGAGUUGAAUAAUAGUCGUGGUGGUGGUGGAGACUCAUUCAAUAUAGUUCUGAUCAACAAUGACGGUGAGGAUGAACAACCCAAAGGCGGUGACGACGACCAAUCAAGUAGCGACCAAGUAGAUAAUAUGUAUAGCAGUAGCGAUGACGACGCAAACGACAAUGAAGAUGGUGGUGAUCAACAAGAUGACACAUCUUAUAGUUCCAACGACGACGACGAUAAUGAUGACUCUGACUCUGACUCUGACGACGAUGUCAACGUUUUCGAUGGAUUCAGAGAUGUAGAGACUGAACUUGGUAGUCGAGGAAUUGGCAGUAGAACAUUAGAUGCUGACCAAUUGAUCGAAGAACAAAAAAGAGAGAUCAACGAAGUAGCUCAACUUCUCUCGAUUACAUUCAACCAGUCACAUACACUACUCAAACAUUUUAAUUGGAAACGUGAGAAAUUACUCACUAGAUACUUUGAAUCAACUCAAGAAGUAUGUACAGAGGCUGGUAUUGAAUACCACCAUCAUCAUGCACAGUUUUCAGGUGGUAGUGAGGCACAACCACAAUCACAAUCUCAACACCGUCAACAAGCUGCAUUGAUUGUUGUCAGUAGCAACGAUGAUACCACUACCACCAGCAGUAGCAACCACCAGACUAGUACAUCCAAUUCAAAUAAUAAUAUUAUUGCAUCAGUUGGUUGUUCAAUUUGUGGAGAUGAUGAAACUACAGAAGCAACUGCAUUACCAACUUGUGGUCACUCUAUAUGCAAUGAAUGUUGGGCACAAUAUCUUGGUGGGAAGAUUGUAGAAGGUGAAGCAAAUAUUCGGUGUCCAUUUUUCAAGUGUACAUCGGUCGUCGAUGACCUCACCAUCAAACAUCUCAUUGCUCCAUUCCUCUACCAGAAAUAUGAAAGUUUUGCAACCAAGAAAUACCUCCAACACUCUGAAAUGAGAUGGUGUCCAACUCCAGGUUGCGAAAGUAUAGUCACUUCUGAUUCAUCCGAUGCUUCAUUAGAUAUAGUUCAAUGUUCCCAAUGUUUAUUUAGAUUUUGUUUAAAAUGUCAUAGAGAAUCACAUUUACCAUGUACAUGUGAACAAAUGGCAUUAUGGGAACAAAAAUGUAGAGAUGAAUCAGAGACUACACAUUGGAAAUCUGUAAAUUGUAAACAAUGUCCAAAAUGCCAAAGUUCGAUUGAAAAGAAUGGAGGAUGUAAUCAUAUGACCUGUAGAUCAUGCACCUAUGAAUGGUGUUGGGUUUGCAUGCGACCUUGGAAAGGUCACCAAAAUUUUUAUAUAUGUAACAAAGUCAACAAAGAACCAACUACCAAGAAAUCAAUUUUACCUUGGAAGCGUUCAAAAAAACAUAAAGAACAAUUAGAAAUUGAUCAAAAAUUAAAAAAUAGUGAGGCAUUAGAAAGAUAUUUACAUUAUUCAGAAAAAGUGAUAAAUCAUGAAAGUACAAGAAAAUUGGAAAAGGUUAUUAGAGAAGAGGCAAGAGCCAAGAUGGAGGAAAUGGAAAAGGUUUCGACAUGCGAGUUGACCAAGAAUAUGGCACCUCGACUCCAAACUGCCAAAGAUCUCUUUGAAUUCCUACAAGAAGAUCUCGAAUCAACCACUACCCAACUUUCAGAGCUCAUGGAAGAUACUCUCAAGAAAAUUUCAGUGGACACUCCCAUCCCAUCACAACGUAUCGAAAUUAUGAAUGUCACAGCACUUGCCAAAUCAAAAGUUUCAAACCUACUAAAUGCCAUUUUAAAAGAUUCAAUAUUUGAACAAUAA